AUGGCGACUCCAGUAGUGCUGCUCCUCCAAGUUCUGAAGGAUCUGAGAAAUGAAGAGCUAAAAGAAUUCAAGUGGUUCCUGCAGCAACCCGGCAUCCUGAAUGAGCUCCCGGCCAUCCCAAAGAGCCAACUGGAGACGGAAAACAGGCACGAGACGCUGGACGAGAUGGUCAAGACCUACAGUCUGUACACUGUGGAAGUCACCAAGAUGGUUUUGACUCAGAUAAACAGGAAUGACCUCGUUGAGCAGUUGGCAGACUGCCCAAGUCCUGAAGUCAUUCUUGCUGACUGCCAGAGAAAUCUCAAAUUCAACCUGAAGGAGAAGUUUAAGGAUUUGUUUGAAGGAAUCAAGAAAGCAGGAAAGUCGAUACCUUUGAACCAGAUCUACACAGAGCUGUACAUCACUGAUGGAGAGAGUGGAGAGAUCAAUACUGAGCAUGAGGUCAGACAGAUUGAAGCAGCAUCCAGGAAACCAGACACACCAGAAACACCAAUCAGAUGUGAAGACAUCUUUAAACCUUUACCUGGAAGCGAUCGACCAAUCAGAAGAGUGAUGACAAAGGGAGUGGCUGGCAUUGGGAAAACAGUCUUAACACAGAAGUUCACUCUGGACUGGGCUGAACACAAAGCCAACCAGCACGUCCACUUCACAUUUCCAUUCACUUUCAGAGAGCUGAAUCUGCUGAGAGGGAAAAAGUUCAGCUUGGUGGAACUUCUUCAUCACUUCUUCACUGAGACCAAAGAAGCAGGAAUCAGCAGGUUUGAGCAGUUCCAGGUUGUGUUGAUCUUUGACGGUCUGGAUGAGUGUCGACUUCCUCUGGACUUCAACAACAACCAGAUCCUGACUGAUGUUACAGAGUCCACCUCAGUGGACGUUCUGCUGACAAACCUCAUCAAGGGGAAGCUGCUUCCCUCUGCUCGCCUCUGGAUAACCACACGACCCGCAGCGGCCAAUCAGAUCCCUUCUGAGUGCGUUGAAAUGGUGACAGAGGUGAGAGGCUUCACUGGCCCACAGAAGGAGGAAUACUUCAGGAAGAGAUUUAGAGAUGAGAAGCAGGCCAGAAGAAUCAUCUCCCACAUCAAGGCGUCACAAAGCCUCCACAUCAUGUGCCACAUCCCAGUCUUCUGCUGGAUCACUGCUACAGUUCUGGAGGGUGUGUUGAAGACCAGUGAGGGAGGAGACCUGCCCAAGACCCUGACUGAGAUGUACAUCCACUUCCUGGUGGUUCAGUUUAAAGUGCAGAAUGUCAAAUAUCAUGAGAAACAUGAGAGAGAUUCAGUCUGGACUCCAAAGAACAGGGAGAUGAUCCUGUCUCUGGGAAAACUGGCUUUUGAGCAGCUAGAGAAAGGCAACCUGAUCUUCUAUGAAGCAGACCUGGCAGAGUGUGGCAUUGAUAUCAGAGCAGCCUCAGUGUACUCAGGAAUGUUCACAGAGAUCUUUAAAGAGGAGCGUGGGCUGUACCAGGACAAGGUUUUCUGCUUCAUCCAUCUGAGCCUUCAGGAGUUUCUGGCUGCUGUUCAUGUCUUUGUGACAUUCAUCAAGUCUGGAGUCAAUCUGCUGUCAGAAGAACAAUCAGCCUCCCAACUAAAACUCCUCCAGAGUGCUGUGGACAAGGCCUUACAGAGUCCAAAUGGACACCUGGACUUGUUCCUGCGCUUCCUCCUGGGUCUUUCACUGCAGACCAAUCAGACUCUCCUACGAGGCCUGAUGACACAGACAGGAAGUAGCUCACAGACCAAUCAGGAAACAGUCAAGUUCAUCAAGGAGAAGAUCAAGGAGAAUGAGUCUCCAGAGAGAAGCAUCAAUCUGUUCCACUGUCUGAAUGAGCUGAAUGACCAUUCUCUAGUGGAGGAGAUCCAACAGUACCUGAGAUGGGGACGUCUCUUCAGAAAAAAACUCUCCCCUGAUCAGUGGUCAGCUCUGGGCUUCAUCUUACUGUCAUCAGAGGAAGAUCUGGAGGUGUUUGACCUGAAGAAAUACUCUGCUUCAGAGGAGGCUCUUCUGAGGCUGCUGCCAGUGGUCAAAGCCUCCAAGAAAUCUGUGCUGAGUGGCUGUAAUCUGUCAGAGAGAAGCUGUGCAGCUCUGGCCUCAGUUCUCAGCUCCCAGUCCUCUAGUCUGAGAGAGCUGGACCUGAGUAGCAAUGAUCUGCAGGAUUCAGGAGUGAAGCGUCUCUCUGCUGGACUGGAGAGUCCACACUGCAGACUGGAAACUCUCAGGCUGUCAGGCUGUCUGCUCACACAGGAAGGCUGUGCUUCUCUGGCCUCAGCUCUGAGCUCCAACCCCUCCCAUCUGAGAGAGCUGGACCUGAGCUACAAUCAUCCAGGAGACUCAGGAGUGAAGCUGCUCUCUGCUGGACUGGAGGAUCCAACCUGGAGACUGGAGGCUCUCAGGGUGGACCAUGGUGGAGAGCAGUGGCUGAAACCAGGGAAACCAGGACUGAGGAAGUAUUCCUGUGAACUCAAACUGGACACAAACACAGCAAACAGACACCUCGUCCUGUCUGAGGACAACAGGAAGGUGAUGAAGGUGAGAGAGGAGCAGCCAUAUCCUGAUCACCCAGAGAGGUUUGACUCCUGCCCACAGAUCCUGUGUAGUGAUGGUCUGACUGGUCGCUGCUACUGGGAGGUCGAGUGGGAAGGAGACGUUUCUAUAGGAGUGACUUACAGAGGAAUCAGCAGGAGAGGAGGCAGUAAAGACAGUGUGCUUGGACGGAACAAAAACUCCUGGAGUCUGGAGUGCUUUGGUUCUGGUGGUUUCUAUGCCUGGCACAACAACAGAUACACAGUCAUCCCUGACCCCCCCUCCUCCUCCUCUCACAGAGUGGCAGUGUAUCUGGACUGGCCUGCUGGCUCUCUGUCCUUCUACAGCGUCUCCUCUGACUCACUGAUCCACCUCCACACCUUCAGCAGCUCCUUCACUGAACCUCUGUACCCGGGGUUUGGGUUUAGGUCACAUUGA